CCUUCCUGUGCCUGUUUCUAUGCUCCCGACGUGAGCGAAGCUCAGACACCCGGGCUGAGUAUGAGGCCACGUCACUGCGACGCUGGCGCCCGUCCCUCGCCUGCCUGACCUUGCCCGUCUCUCGCCCCCAGGGAGAUUAGUGUCUAGGUUACCCAAGCCCACAGGUGCUGCUGGGUGGCCUUGCCACCCCCACAGGCCACAGGUAUAAAGCCAGGUGGCCAAGGUAGGGGAGGCAUCAAGAAUGGAGAGGCUCCAGGUAAGACUAGGGCCUGAGCGCCUCCCGCCUCCACUAGACCCCAACUAGCACAGACCGACAGCCCUGUGAGGUAAGGCAGGGAGGGCGGGUAGGAGGGGGCUCCUAGUGGCGGACUCCAGGCAGGAGAGAAAUGGAUUUGUUUGCUGCUGAUGGGUCCUGAAGGCCGGGAGCUGUAUUAUGCUGAGUGGGUUCAAAGCCUGGGAUGGAAAACCUGGGUCAGGGCUGGACUCAGACACUGGCUCAUCCCAGGGGCUGCUGCUGUGGCUGCUGCUGAGCCCUGGCGUGCUGUGGGCCUGCAGAGGGCCCCCUCGGCCACUGUGCCGGCCUGUCAACACAACCCUGGCCGCAGAGAAGGAGUUCUGCCCAGUCUGCAUCACCUUCACCACCAGCAUCUGUGCCGGCUACUGUCCUAGCAUGGUCCGAGUCCUGCCGGCUGCUCUGCCUCCAGUACCCCAGCCAGUGUGCACCUACCGUGAGCUGCGCUUCGCAUCUGUCCGCCUGCCUGGCUGCCCACCUGGUGUGGACCCCACGGUUUCCUUCCCUGUGGCCCUCAGCUGCCGCUGUGGGCCCUGCCGUCUCAGUAGCUCUGACUGUGGGGGUCCUAGGACUCAACCACUGACCUGUAACCUCCCCCAUCUCCCUGGACUCCUCUUCCUCUGACACCCACUCCCUAAUUCCUCUAUCUCCGGGAGCUAGCAGGUGUCCCAGCUGUCCCUCCCAAUAAAGGCUUUACA